CAUCAUUGUACACUGUGGACGUUUUGCAGCACUGUCUCUUGGCCGAAACAGCUGAUUGCCUUCCAAAUAUAAAAUUAAACAUUUUUAUUUACAAGCGUAGCGUCGUUUCCAAUUUUACAAAAUGUCUGAGCGAAAAGUUCUUAAUAAAUACUAUCCUCCGGACUUCGAUCCGUCGAAGAUUCCGCGGAUGAAAUUGGCCAAAAAUCGGCAAUACACCGUCCGACUGAUGGCGCCGUUCAAUAUGCGAUGCGUGACCUGCGGCGAGUACAUCUACAAGGGGAAGAAGUUCAAUGCGCGCAAGGAGGAUGUGGAGAACGAGACGUACCUGGGCAUACGCAUCUACAGGUUCUACAUCAAGUGCACCCGAUGUCUGCAGGAGAUCUCAUUCAAAACGGAUCCACAGAACACCGACUACGAGAUCGAGGCGGGAGCCACGCGCAAUUUCAUGGCCCUAAAGCUGGCCGAGGAGCAGGCCCGGCGCGAACAGCAAGAGGAACGCGAGGAGGAGGCGAAUAAUCCCAUGAAAAUGCUCGAGAAUCGCACCGAGCAAUCGCGGAAUGAAAUUGAAAUGCUGGAGAGUCUCGAGGAGUUGCGCGACCUGAACAGACGCCAGCAGACGGUGGACUACACAACAAUGCUGCAGCAAUAUAAUACGGGGGAAACGGAGAGAGAACGCUUGGAGCGCGAGGAGCGUGAGGAUGAGGAGUUUAUCAAAUCUGUCAACUUUAAAAGCAAGUCCGAGGGUGGCAGCCGGAUAGUAGCCGAAGAAAUCAUUGAAGACGUCAAAGAGGAGGCUGCCGACUCCUUGCCAGCUCCCCCUCCGGCUAAAUUGGCCAAACCCAUUGGCUCUCAUCCAGUGGCCCCCACCACAAGCAAAGUAUCGGUCGCUCAGCCCUUGGUUAAACGUAAAACACCCUUGGUGCUGGUCAAACCAAAGGCAGCGGCCACAUCAACGGAUAUUCCAAAAGCAGCUGCAGCUCCAGCCCCAACUCCAGCAGCGGGUCUAUCCCUUCUAGCCGCCUACAGCGAUAGCUCAGAGGAGGACUCCACCUGACACAUCAUUUUACUGUUCAUUUUUUUUUGUACCAUCCAACUACCAACUACAAAUGCUUGCGAAGAUCCAUGCUCAGCCUCCGCCCUUGUGUCAGUAAAAACUCGUAGAAUGUAUAUAGUAUUGUAUGUAUGUUUUAUAUACUUUGAAUAAUGCAUCAUUUAAUUAAUCCAAUUCAAUUUCAUCCAAAUUUAAAUCAAUGAUUUCGUCAAGGCCAAUCCAUAAGGCAAAUAAAUUUCAAUUUCAAACAAAUAGUACGAGUGG